UCUCCUUCUCUCUCCUCAUUACUCUAAGCUUCGAAUCUCCAUCUCACUCGGCGUCUCUUUCUUUAAUGGCGAUGCCUUGGACAACUGGUUGCGAUCUCACAACCACCUACUACUCCAACCCCAUCUUCUUCAUCUUCUUCUUCUCGUUCCUUUUCCCUGUGUCUUCACUGCUCUUGCAUGCCCUUCAUCACACCUGAACCCUGUCUGAAACGACUUUCAGUUCCGUCUAUAGUGACCGGCAACAACAAUGGCGGCCAUUCGUGUGGCUUCUUCUCUCUUUCUGCCAAUCGCUUUGAUCUUUGCUGCUCUUCAUCUUGCUUUAGCCAACACUGACGCGACUGAUGGUAUUUACUUCUGCUUAUUGUUUUCUUAGUUUGAUCAUUCCUGUGGCUGAUUGACAAAAGGUUGCUAUUAAUAUGCUGACGAUGUGGCAAAUGCUCUGAAGUUCAGAAAAGUUUGGAUUUUGAAUUGCGACUGAGUUCAAGCACUUCAGGUUCUGUACAACGCUUUAAACAGUCCUUCUUGGCUAACUGGCUGGAAAAUUGGCGGUGGUGAUCCUUGUGGAGAAUCAUGGAAAGGGAUAACAUAGAACUCUCGGGUUUGGGACUCAAUGGGACUCUGGGAUACCUGCUUUCGGACCUUAUGUCAUUGAGACAACUUGACUUAAGUGACAACAAGAUCCACGACACAGUCCCUUACCAGUUACCACCAAAUCUGACAAGCCUCAACCUUGCAAGCAAUAACUUGAGUGGAAAUCUUCCUUAUUCCAUUUCUGCCAUGACUUCCCUUAACUAUCUGAAUGUAAGCCACAAUGCACUCUCCCUUUCAAUUGGAGACAUUUUUGCUGACCUCGCUGAUCUCAGUACCCUAGAUCUAUCGUUCAAUGACUUUUCUGGAGAUCUUCCUCCCUCAUGUGGUUCAUUGUCCAAUCUUUCUUCUCUCUUUUUGCAGAACAAUCAAUUGACUGGUUCUCUUAGUGUUCUUGUUGGUCUGCCUUUAGAUACCUUAAAUGUGGCAAACAACAAUUUUACUGGAUGGAUACCUCAUGAACUUAGUUCAAUUCGUACUUUCAUAUCCAAUGGGAACUCCUUUGACAAUGGCCCUGCUCCUCCUCCUCCUCCACAUACAGCCCCUCCUCCCAGAAGAUCUCCUAAUAGCCGUCACCAAUCUGGAUCUGGUUCUCAUAAAGCACAUGCUUCUGAAACUGGCAAUGAAGAUGCUGAUAGUCAUAAGGGUUUGUCAUCUUGGGCUAUUAUAGGCAUUAUUUUGGGUUCAGUGUUCCUGGCCAUUGUUGUGCUACUUGCUCUUGCAGUAUUCAUCCGAAAGCAAAAAAAGAAGGAAAAAGGUGUAAGAACAUCCAAUGGGACUCCUCCUUUUGGAACCAAUAAUGUAACUCCUCCAAUGCAAGAACAGAGGUUGAAAAGUGCUGCUGUUGUUACUGAUCUAAAGCCUCCUCCUGCGGAAAAAGUGAUAGCUGAGAGGGUUCCUUCAAAAAACGGAUCUGCUAAGCGGAUAAAAUCCCCUAUAACUGCUACAUCAUACACUAUUGCUACUCUCCAAAGUGCAACAAAUAGCUUCAGUCAAGAAUAUUUUGUCGGUGAAGGUUCUCUUGGUCGAGUUUACAGGGCUGAAUUCCCUAAUGGGAAGAUCAUGGCCAUUAAGAAGAUCGACAAUGCGGCACUGUCGUUACAGGAGGAAGACAACUUUCUUGAAGCUGUAUCAAAUAUGUCACGCUUGCGACAUCCAAACAUUGUUACACUAGCCGGAUAUUCUGCAGAACAUGGGCAGCGUCUUCUGGUUUAUGAGUAUAUCGGUAAUGGAAAUCUACAUGAUAUGCUCCAUUUUUCUGAAGAUAGCGGCAAGGCUUUAUCUUGGAAUGCUCGCGUUCGAAUAGCACUUGGCACAGCUCGAGCUUUAGAGUACUUGCAUGAAGUAUGCUUACCUUCAGUUGUACAUAGAAACUUUAAAUCGGCAAACAUAUUACUUGAUGAGGAGUUGAAUCCUCACCUGUCUGACUGCGGUUUAGCAGCAUUAACGCCAAACACUGAACGACAGGUUUCAACUCAGAUGGUUGGCUCAUUUGGUUACAGUGCUCCUGAGUUUGCACUAUCGGGAAUUUACACAGUAAAAAGUGAUGUUUACAGUUUUGGAGUGGUAAUGUUAGAGCUAUUGACAGGUCGGAAGCCACUUGACAGUUCACGAGCCAGAUCAGAGCAAUCUCUUGUGAGGUGGGCUACUCCCCAACUUCAUGAUAUAGAUGCCUUGGCCAAAAUGGUUGAUCCUACUUUGAAUGGUAUGUAUCCUGCGAAGUCGCUGUCACGCUUCGCUGAUAUCAUCGCCCUCUGUGUUCAGCCGGAGCCUGAAUUUCGACCUCCCAUGUCGGAGGUUGUGCAAGCAUUGGUCCGGCUAGUGCAAAGAGCGAGUGUAGUCAAACGCCGUCCCAGUGAUGAAGCCGGGUUUGGUCACAAGACCCCAGAUCAUGAAGCCUAUGACAUGUCUUUUUAAAGGUUUCACCGUUUUGAUGUGAUCUUAUUUCAGUUUUGUGUAAAGUGAUGCGGACAGAACACAGGAAGGAAUAGACAAGUUGUGAAGAUGUGUCGAACAGAUUAAAGAUAUUUGUAAUUACAUGCAUUGGAAUUUACUAUUACUUGAGGAUAAAAGUGCUAUAUGGAAAACAUAUGUAUAUUUAACUUGCCAUGAUGUUGUAUAUUGUAAUUUAUUCUGUCCCCCUUUUCUUUAAA